UGCAAUCUCUGGCAUCAGAUCUCACCAACGUGCUGGAGGCAAGGCAGCUCAAGGCGUUCGACUCCGGAGGUGACUUCCCGAAGAGAAGCAUGAGCAUCCAGAGCAGCUUCGACUUCGAAGACGUGCCGUGGUUUCCGCGCAAGAUCUCCGACCUGGACAAGUCGCAGCGCGUGCUGAUGUACGGCUCCGACCUGGACGCGGACCACCCGGGCUUUAAGGACAAAGUGUAUCGUCAACGGAGACAGCACUUCUCUGAGAUCGCCAUGAACCACCGCCACGACAAGCCCAUCCCCCGCGUGGAGUACACCGAGGAGGAGACGAGGACAUGGGGUGUGAUAUUCCGCGAGCUGAGCGAGCUGUACGAGACGCACGCCUGCCAGGAGUACCUGGAGAACUGGCGCCAGCUGCGUCGCUACUGCGGCUACCGCCACAACCACAUCCCCCAGCUGGCGGACGUGGACGCCUACCUGCGCCAAAGGACGGGCUUCCAGCUGCGGCCGGUAGCCGGCUACCUGUCACCACGAGACUUCCUGGCCGGGCUGGCCUUCCGGGUGUUCCACUGCACCCAGUACAUCCGCCACAGCUCCGACCCGCUUUACACACCGAACCGGACUGCUGUCACGACGCUGCUGGGUCACAUGCCGCUACUGGCCAACCCCAGCUUCGCACAGUUCUCGCAGGAGCUCGGACUGGCUUCGCUGGGCGCCUCCAACGAGGAGAUCUCCAAGCUGGCCACGUGCUACUUCUUCACGGUGGAGUUUGGCCUGUGUCGGGAGAACGGGCGGCUGAGAGUGUACGGCGCCGGUCUGCUCUCCUCAAUCGCAGAGCUGAGACACUCGCUGACACCGGCGCCAAGAUUUGAUCCUGACGUGACGUGCACAGAAGAGUGCAUCAUCACGGCCUUCCAGAACGUUUACUUCUAUACGGACACGUUUGAGGAGGCCAAGGAGAAAAUGAGGUAG